AGGCAUAAAAAGCUGCAGCCAAAUGUGACUUUAUUUCAGUCAAAGUGUCUCCAGCUGAGAGACACACUUCAACCGACGAGCUGUCGCUGGGUCGCGGACUUGGGCUCCUGAGAAAAAUGUCGGACUCCAUUAAAAACGUCGCUAUAUUUGGCUCCACCGGGAUGACCGGGCUGGUGACCCUGCCGCAAGCCGUGGCUGCAGGUUACAAUGUGACACUGCUGGUCCGCGACCCCACCCGGCUGCCCGCCGACCACAAGGCGUCCAAGGUGGUGGUCGGAGACGUGCUGAAUAAAGACGACGUGAAGAAGACGAUGGAGGGCCAGGAUGCGGUGAUCAUCAUCCUUGGGACCAGGAACGACCUCAGUCCUACCACCAUGAUGUCUGAAGGAACCAAGAACAUUCUGGAAGCCAUGAAGGCUCGAGGGAUCCGCAAAGUGGUGGCCUGCAUGUCGGCCUUCCUGCUGUGGGAUCGGGCCAAAGUCCCGCCUCGCCUGAUCCCCGUGACGGAGGACCACGAGAGGAUGUACGACUUGCUGAAAGCCUCGGAGCUGGACUACGUGGCCGUCAUGCCCCCCCACAUCGGCGGCGACCUUCCUCGGACCGAGUCGUACGCGGUGGCAGAGAACAUGCUCAGAGGCAGAGCCAUCUCCACACACGACCUGGGACAUUUCUUCGUCAGGUGUCUGUCCACCACAGAGUGGGACGGCAAGACGGUGGGACUGUGGGGAGACUACAAGUAAUCCCGGAAGACGUUGUUUCUGAUGAGCCCGAUUGGCUCCUUUCGCCUCCGCAUUCACGAAAAAUGAUGGAUGUUUGGGUAGAUUCAAAGUGCUUUCCUUUUUAGGUAAAGAUACAACUGCUUUUUUUAAUGUUGUAUUUUUACACUAAUUCAAAUCGUCUUCUUAUUGUUGGUCAAACACUCAAUUUAAAAGAAGUGCCAAAAAUGGAGCAAUGCUUUUUGUUAACCUUUUGCCAUUUUUAUUCAGUCAUCAAUCAAAGUGUACAUGUUUUUUUUAAAGAUGCUGAUUCCUGCUUGUUUUGUUAAAGCUGCUGAAAAUAAAAGAUUUUAUUCUGGCAAG